AGAGAGAGCAAAAGCAUCUGAAGGCGAAGCGUCGAUUAAAGGCUCGCCCAACGACAGACGCUGCUUAAUCUAUAAGACGUGGUCUUUGCAGCAGCUAACAGGAAUAACGACAGUAUUAUCAACGAGAAUGCAAGCGGACACGUCCUUAGCAACCGCAAGCGAAGUCGCUCUGUCCAACGACGCGGUGCAGGACAUGCCAGUCAUAGGCAAGAGCGGUAGCAGCGAUAGUUCGUCAGCCAUUGAAGCCAGCGCCGUGAGCGACACCACAAUGAGUAGCAGCGACCGCUUCAGCUCUUGCUCCAGCUCGGACACGAGCUCCGACGCCCUGGACGACGACUACGGCGCGCACAUGCUCUCGUCGUCAGACGAUGACGACGAUUCGGACGACGAAGACGACAACACGGAAGGAGAUGAGGAACAGGAUGCACAGCAAGACAUUGUGAACCAAUUCCUGGUCAAGCCCAUGCCCUCGAGGCUGCAGGUAUGUCCCCUCGACGACCUGGCCGUAGAGGAGGAGAAACGUCGAAGACGAUCGCGUCGGAACUUAAAGAACAAAACUAACGGUAAGCACGCGCCGCUCACUGGUGUUAGUCGCGAUGCAGAGAGCCUGCCUUCGAUGUCCAGUCCGAUCAUGGUGCGUACUCGUCGUAGCGGCAGCUCUCCGUCGCUCAGCUCACGAGAUAGUUCGACUACCAGCACUCCACACGUCACUCGGAAUCGCCCCAGCAGCGCUCGAGAGAGAAGACAAACAUCUGCUGCACCCGAUACUGCCGUUAAACGCUCCAACGGCUCUACACUCGCACCCACUGUCCCUUUGCUUCGAAAAGAUUCCGCGGCUAUUCGACGACAAUACUGGAGUCAACUGGGCUUCAGUUUGUCACGCAGCGACUUGGAGAAAAGUACUGGACGCAAGAAAGAACGUCGCGACGGCUUAAAAGUGCGGCUGAAUGACGCUGACUCGGAGCGCGAACAUGGCGCAAAGAGCUUCUUCCAGUUCAUCACGAGCUGGUAUGCGCCUAUCACAGCUCUGAGUGGCGAAGAAAAGUCGUCACGGAAAGACAAAGGACGCAAAUCCAGCGCUAGACAACUGCGAUCUUCUCUCUCUCGAACGUCAGCAUCAGCCUCAUCGAGCAGUAUCGAUGUCCAUACACCCAAAAGAGGAAUACGCUUUAACGAAGAAGCCGAGCUGUUCUACAUCCCUCUGCACCGUGACUACUCCAAGCGACAACGUGACUGUAUGUGGCCGACUCGUGCCGAGUUCGUGGCCAUGGUGGAGCGUAACUUGGACGCAGUAUACGACGAGAUGGAGCGCGAGUACGAGGCUCAAGUGGAGAAUGAGUACCUGGAAAACGAGGGUAUGGCUCGGGAGGAGGCCAGACAGCGCACUGUCGAGGCUCAGCAACGCAAGGCUGAUGAGGCCCAGGCAGCAACAGAGUCGCGCCGCAGUGUCUCGCCGCCUCUGAGUCGUAACUCGAGCAUCAUGUCGGCUGUACCGUCGCUAACGUUGUCACAGAAGCACGUGCUGGUGUCGCCUCGUGCUCGUUCUUCGCACGAUCUUCGCUUCAAGUACCUCAAACAUCUCGGCAUCGACAGCUAG